CGCAACGGCGACGGCCGUCUCAGGAAGAGAAAAUGGAAUAAACAACUCGGAGGAACCAGAGCGCGAGAGAGCGAGUGGAGGCAGAAUUUAAAAAUAAACCGCCCCCUCCGCCCUCUCCAGCCGUUCGCCGCCGCCGCUCCCUCUUCCCUAGCCCGCACCCUCGAAGUCCCCGUCUGGGCCCGUGCGCCCAGCCCGCCGUCCCGCGCGGCCCCUUUAAGAAAAGAGAACGAGAGAGUGAGUGAGAAUCCCAACUCUCCCCCUCCCCUCCCCCGUCCUACCCCCUCCUCCUUCCCCUCCCCCCUCUCCCCGGGCGGCUCCGGCUCCCGCAGCGGGACAGACCCACCCGCCCAGCUUUUAUCUGGCUCGGGCAGCGUCUUCCUUUCCUCCCCCGUCUAUGGUGGCGGCGGAAGACGAAGCUGCGGCGUUGCCAUGAACAGUGGCGGCGGCCUCCCGCCCCCCUCGGCCGCCGCCUCCUCUCCCUCCUCGCUGGCGGCGGCGGUGGCGGUGGUGGCCCCGCCGGGGGUCGGGGGUGUCCCCGGCGGGGCGGCGGCGGGAGUGAAGCUGAAGUACUGUCGCUACUACGCCAAGGAUAAGACUUGCUUCUACGGGGAGGAGUGUCAGUUCCUGCAUGAGGACCCGGCCGCCGGGGCCGCCCCGGGCCUCGGCCUCCAUAGCAACAGCGUCCCUCUGGCCCUGGCCGGCGCGCCGGGGGCCGGCUUUCCGGCCGCAGCUGUGCCGGGAGGGGGAGCCGGGCCGCCCCCGGGGCCCAAGAAGCCGGAGCUGGGGGGCCCGGGGCCCGCAGCCGCAGCGGGCGGUGGAGGCAGCAGCGGAGGACUCGACGGACCGCGGCUGGCAAUUUCUGGAAUGGAUGGAGGUGCUUUAACUGAUACAAGUCUCACAGAUUCCUAUUUCAGCACCAGCUUUAUUGGAGUCAAUGGAUUUGGAAGCCCAGUAGAAACAAAGUAUCCCUUGAUGCAGAGGAUGACUAAUAGUAGCAGCUCUCCAAGCCUUCUAAAUGACAGUGCCAAACCAUAUGCAGGCCAUGAUCCUAUCACUUCACCUGCUUCAUCCUUGUUUAAUGACUUUGGUGCCCUCAACAUCUCUCAGAGAAGAAAGCCAAGGAAGUAUCGCCUGGGGAUGCUGGAGGAGAGGCUAGUUCCGGUGGGAUCAAAGGCACGAAAAACAAAGACCCAUAUUGGCUGCCUUGCUGACAGGUGUAAAUCAGGAGUACCCAUCAAUAUGGUUUGGUGGAACAGAGUCACAGAAAACAAUUUACAGACACCAAAUCCUACUGCAAGCGAGUUUAUUCCUAAAGGAGGAUCAACCUCCAGGCUGAGUAACGUGUCCCAGUCAAAUAUGUCUGCCUUCUCUCAAGUUUUCUCUCACCCAUCCAUGGGAAGCCCUGCUACUGCUGGAUUAGCACCAGGAAUGUCAUUGUCUGCUGGAUCUUCCCCUCUUCAUUCCCCCAAGAUUACUCCCCAUACUUCUCCUGCUCCCAGAAGAAGAAGCCACACUCCAAAUCCAGCAAGUUACAUGCUGCCUUCUAGUGCCUCUACACCUGUUAAUAAUCCUGUUUCUCAAACUCCAUCUUCUGGUCAGGUGAUUCAGAAGGAAACUGUUGGUGGGACGACUUACUUCUAUACAGACACAACUCCAGCACCUUCAACUGGAAUGGUAUUUCCAAACUAUCACAUUUAUCCUCCAACUGCACCUCAUGUUGCUUACAUGCAACCAAAAGCAAAUGCACCUUCCUUUUUCAUGGCUGACGAACUCCGACAGGAGCUGAUCAACAGGCAUUUAAUAACAAUGGCUCAAAUUGAUCAAGCAGAUAUGCCAGGAAAACGGAGUAGACAGUUCAAGUCACUUGCUGGUACAGUCCCUACAGAAGUUGAUAGCUACCAUAGCCUAUUCCCUCUAGAACCACUGCCACCCCCUAACCGUAUACAGAAGUCAAGUAAUUUUGGAUACAUUACAUCUUGCUACAAAGCUGUAAAUAGCAAAGAUGACCUGCCAUAUUGCCUUCGGAGGAUACAUGGUUUUCGUCUUGUUAACACAAAGUGUAUGGUGUUGGUUGAUAUGUGGAAAAAAAUUCAGCACUCAAAUAUUGUAACCCUGCGUGAAGUAUUUACCACUAAAGCAUUUGCAGAGCCUUCACUUGUGUUUGCAUAUGAUUUCCAUGCUGGAGGAGAAACUAUGAUGAGUAGACACUUUAAUGACCCUAAUGCGGAUGCCUACUUCACAAAAAGAAAAUGGGGUCAACAUGAUGGACCAUUACCCAGGCAGCAUGCUGGAUUAUUGCCAGAAUCUCUCAUUUGGGCAUACAUUGUCCAACUGAGUUCUGCAUUGCGUACCAUUCAUACAGCAGGUUUGGCAUGUCGAGUUAUGGACCCAACAAAAAUUCUGAUAACUGGGAAAACAAGGUUGCGAGUAAAUUGUGUUGGAGUUUUUGAUGUUUUAACAUUUGAUAACAGUCAAAAUAAUAAUCCAUUGGCAUUAAUGGCACAGUAUCAGCAAGCAGACCUGAUAUCAUUAGGAAAAGUUGUGUUGGCUUUGGCUUGCAACUCUUUGGCAGGAAUACAGAGAGAGAAUUUACAGAAAGCCAUGGAAUUAGUGACAAUCAACUACUCUUCUGACUUGAAGAAUCUGAUCUUGUAUUUAUUGACUGACCAAAAUAGGAUGCGAAGUGUAAAUGACAUCAUGCCCAUGAUCGGUGCUCGAUUUUAUACUCAAUUGGAUGCUGCUCAAAUGAGAAAUGAUGUCAUUGAAGAAGACCUUGCAAAGGAGGUUCAAAAUGGAAGACUGUUUAGGCUCCUAGCAAAAUUGGGAACAAUCAAUGAGAGGCCGGAGUUUCAAAAGGAUCCUACUUGGUCAGAGACUGGAGACCGUUACCUGUUGAAACUCUUUAGGGAUCAUCUUUUUCAUCAAGUGACAGAAGCGGGUGCUCCUUGGAUUGACCUCAGUCAUAUCAUUUCUUGUCUUAACAAGCUAGAUGCUGGUGUGCCAGAAAAAAUAAGCCUGAUUUCCAGGGAUGAGAAGAGUGUUCUUGUGGUGACUUACAGUGACUUAAAGCGCUGCUUUGAAAAUACUUUUCAAGAACUGAUUGCAGCAGCAAAUGGUCAGUUGUAGUAUUUGCUAAAAAUGCCUGCAGGAACUCAACCAACAGCAAAUUGCACUACAGCUGAACUGUUGGUCGUCUCCUUUCACAUUGGGGAAACUACAGGAGAUGAGCGAAGCUGCUUGCACGUCGGUCAGGUGCACUGUUACUUGAAAAGAAUGUUUCACUCAGAGAGCUCUGGCUGCCAUUGGAGGCUCUGUCUGUGAAGAAUUAAUUUCAGAUCAAGGAGCACCAUCAGGUGAAUGAUGCUCCUGCUUUUGUUUUUUCCCACUCGUGUAUGCACUAAUUUUAAUUUUUUUUAAAGACUUUUUUUCUGAUUUUUGAACUUUUGCCACAUUGUAUACUGAUUAAGGGAAACUAUUUGCAAGAACAUUUUUGGGAAUACUGGGCAGAAUUAUUGCCAUUGAAGGUUGCAAAAUUCACUGUUUCGGGGACAGGUUGCCCUAAAUGACAUAGUGGACCAGGUAAAUUAAUUUCAUAGAAGUACAGUAUAGUGCAUAAUUCUUGUAAGAGUGUUGUAUGCAAGCUCUAUAUGCCAUCCACUGUUAGUUCAAACUGAGAUUCUUUGUUUGUAAGAACAUACAGAGACAAAUAUCAGUGAAUUCUUUGGUAUGAAUUCCCUUCUUAGUUUAUUUAAAUCUCUUCUGAAGAAAGAUGAGAUAAAUAGUAAUGAAGGAAGCUUGCAUAGCUUUUUGCUCCAAAUUCACAAAAGAGCCUUUUUUAAGAGAAAGCCUGCUAGUCAGAUACAUUUACAUUUAUGCAAUUUUUAAUUAAAAACAAAAGGAGGAAAUUGUGUUUAGAGCCUAAAGUUCAGGUGGUCUUACUUUAGGUUAUUUCCAGCUUGCUUUUUUUGUAUAAAGUUCUGUUCUCUGAACCACAGCUUUAUUAUGGUACUUUACACUGGAUACAGACACAGAGACGCUGUUCAAAGAUGAACGAAACACAGCAGUGGUCUGGCACCAAGAGCUUUUUUGACGUUUUACAGCCCGAAUCUGAAGGGAUGAUGAUCUGCUGUGCCUUUGCAGUCACUGCUUAGCCCAAAGGGAUAGUACUUUUGAUAAUAGCUCACUCUGUGGAUCUUCUGAAGAAGUCCAUCUCAAAAGUUUGCAGUUUUCCUUCUCCUAACUUUCUUAUAUUUGGAUGUGAAGUUACCGCCAAACUUGGGUAUUCAUGGAAUUUCUAGUUAAUGAAAUGCCUAUUCUUUGAUACUGAAGACUGCCAAAUACAUAGGAAUUUUCUUUCUUAAAAACAGUAAUGAAGACUAUAUCUCCUUUCCCAGCACUGAAUGUUUUACUAGCACUGGGUGCUCACCAUGCAACUAUGAAGAAAAUGUGGAAACUCAGAAAGAAGGUCAGGAUAGAGUCUCGGGCACUUGCAACUGAUGUUACUGUCUUCAAUUUUAAUAAUUACAUGCAUUUGUACUGCAGAGAAGUUUUUAAUACUUCUCUGUCCACUUUUUAUAAGCUUUAAAAUGAUUUUUCUCUGCCUUGAAAUUUGCAUCAAGAAAAAGCACCUCUUCACUGAAAGCUUUGAAGACUAGAGACACGCUUUACAUGGUUUUAACACGUGCGUUUGAGUCCACGUUCGGUAGCAUCAGUUGUUAACGAGAAAAUUACUGCAUUUGGUCUGGAUGGAUUUUAAGAGAACAUAAUGUUCAAUAUUCAAAAGAUAAUUAGCAUUUGCCACCAUAAUGUUCUUUUUUAUGUAAAAAGGAACAAGAACUUGGAGACUUGAACAUGCAAAAGUCUUUUAUCAUUAGCUCAUGUAUUUGAGGAAGAGCAGCUGUCUUUUUAUAUGUUUUUUGACAAAUCAUAUUGUAAUUCUUUUGUACAAAAAAGAACUACUUGUAUUCUAGAAAAAAAUAUGAAAUGCUUAAUUUAUAAGCGGGCUGGAGAUUUUUUUUUUCCAAUAUUGUUUUCUUUGAAAAUGAAAGGGGAUCAUCUAUUUUAGUUUUGGUUUCUAGGAACUUUUUGAAACUUUUAAUUUGUGGACCAAUGUUUUAUGAAAGCUUAGUAAUGGCAGGGGUAAAAUAGGGCUUGAAUCUCUCAUUCUAUAUAGACCAGCAAACUUCCCUCUGCAAGCAAGUUCACAUCGUAAAUCCAAGAAUGCACCAUAAAUACUAGUUUGCUUCAGCCCCAGUAACCUCAGGACUUGGUUUGAAUAAAAAGGUAGACAGCUGUUAUGUUUUCAUGAGUAAAUAUUGUCAUCCAGAAAACAGUGUCAGGUAAUAUUUUUUAGCUUCGUUUUAUAUUUAUUUUUCUUUCUUUCUUUCUUUUUUAAAUUGGAAAUGGUUUUCAAAAGAACUCUCAGUUCUGCUUAGGUGUUUUUUAGGGGAACCUUCUUUUCCGUAGUAUAAUUCCACUUAAGAGGUUGUCUAAAAGUUAGUCUUUAAUCCAUAGGAAUAUUUUAAUAUCUGAGAGUAGUCAAAUUAAGGAUAUAAACUUUCCAUACCUUCCUUUACAACAGAUAAAAGCACAGACACGACAACCCUUAAAAUCAUGUAACAUUGGUCAUUUCAAUUUUUUGUACCUAUUUUAAAUUCUGUUCGUGUAUUUACUUCAUUGUAAAUAUUUUAAGGGUACCCUGUUAUUUGCUUUUGACCUUGGUUCUGUUAUUUGGAUGUCAAGAACUUCCCUAAAAAGCACCAUUAUGCUGUUAAGUUCUAAUGUCAUGAUCCCAAUAUAUGUUAUUCAUCUUUAUUCCUGGUUUUAGUUUCUAUGUGUACAGCAGUAUUUUUAAUAAAGAAUUACAGAGAUAAA